CUUAGCAUCAUUCCAAUUUUCUGGCCUUGGUUACGUUGGAUCCUUUGGAGGUAUGAAAUCGCUACUAAAACCACUUUUCGCUGCUGUGCUACCUUCCUGCUAAUGCCCAUUGUCUACUGUUGCAACUAGUCCAUGUCCUCCGCGAAAGCGGAGCUACGCCACUCCGACAUAUGACAGAACGCUUGUUGGGAUGUCACUCGUCGCCGUUCAAUCAGAUGAGGUUGCAGCGGCUGUCACGCGCAAUCCACGGUUGCUUCUAUGCACAGGCACUUGUCACGGUUACCGUUCAAUCAGACGAGGUUACUAACUUUCAGCGGCUGUGGCGAUGUGAGGGUACAGGGUACCCAUACUAUACAGAGAUCAGAAGACAGUCGUUCUUUCUGGUUCAAAGGAGGCGUAAACAUGCAUACUCCAGAAGUUUGCGAACUACUGAAAUACCGACCUUCCACCUUCUCGAAAUCACCGGCGGCCAGUUGCAACAUAUCUUCGGCGUUUAUAUUCCCAUCCCUCCAUUAAUUAUUACAAUGAAAGACGGAUCAUUGACCUUUGGAGGAAUCAAUAACGGCAGCCAUGUUCUUAUCAACAGCGGGACCACGGAUGCUAGGGGAUUAUUUCAUGCACGAUAUACAGAAAACUUGUAUUGUGGCACAGCGCCCUACUACUUAGCGACCGGAGCUAUCCUCUUGCAAGGUUGUUUUCGACGCGGAAAGUUAUUCACAAGAUGUAGGAAGAAAGGCGUAGUCCUAGCCAACGAUGAUGUCCAUGGCUUGACAUCGGAACACGCCGUACCACGUGUUUAGGCUUCACGGGGCCUGGAUUGCCGUACACCACGCAUCGUAAUGAAAAACACGCCUGAUUGCUGCUGCGCUGCUCAUCUUGUGCACCUAGAAGAACCGAAUCCCAGUUUGGUCCUAGCUGCUACAAACAUGAAGUAGUGACUUGUCCUGCAAAAUGCUUUCAGAGCUGUAACACAGUCCGAGCACGAGAAGUCAGCUACCAGUCAAGGCCAUAUGCGAGACAGGACAUCAGAGGCGGUCGACUGGUCGAAUGUUGCCCAUUCACAAAUAUUCUAGGCUUGACCACGCGUACCAUGGGAAC